AUGCGCUGGACUAGUAUAUUCGCGGCGCUGACCUCGGUCGCGGCCGUUUCGGCCUUCAAGCCCGGCAGCCCGGGACACCGAUUAGCCAAGCUCCAGGAGAAACAGGCCAAGGCCGCGGAGCAGCGUGCUGCCGACGCCGAAAGGCUCGGGAGCGACUAUAUCAAGCGCCAAGAAGUAUCUGUCUUCCUCAACGAGAAGACUGAGCGCUUUGCCGUCAAUGGUAGCCAGCUGCCGGAUGUAGACUUCGACAUUGGGGAGUCGUACGCCGGCCAGCUGCCGAUUGGAAACUCCAAUGACACGGACCUGUUCUUCUGGUUCUUCCCGUCGACGAAUGAGGCGGCAAAGGAGGAAGUUGUCAUCUGGUUUACCGGUGGACCGGGCUGCUCGUCCAUGGUUGCUCUGCUGCAGGAGAACGGCCCUCUCACGUGGCAGCCGGGCACCUACAAGCCGCAGGCCAACCCCUGGAGCUGGCACCAUCUCAGCAACGUCAUCUGGAUCGACCAGCCCGUGGGCACGGGGUACACGACGGGCACGCCGACGGCGCGCAACGAGUUCGACGUGGCCGACCAGUUCCGGGGCUUCUGGAAGAACUUUGUCGACCUCUUCGGCAUGCACGACUACAAGGUCUACAUCACGGGCGAGAGCUACGGCGGCAUGUACUGCCCGUACAUCGCCGGCGGCAUGCUCGACCAGAACGACACGACCUACUUCGACGUGGCCGGCAUGCUCGUCUACGACGGCCUGAUCGGCGAGGUCUCGGGCGACAUCGUCACCGUGCCCUUCGUCGACUACUGGCACGGCCUGUUCCCGUUUAACGACUCGUUCAGCGAGCAGAUCCACGACCAGCACGAGAGCUGCGGCUACGCCGAGUACUUUGAGACGUACCUGACGUACCCGCCCCCAGGCCCGCAGCCGAGCAAGCAGCCCGGCCUGACGGACGACCAGUCCGACUACCUGGCCAACUGCAGCGUCAGCAACGACGUCUGGGACGCCAUCCUGGCGCUGAACCCGUGCUUCAACAUCUACUCGGUCAACGCGCAGUGCCCCAUCGCGUACGACCCGCUCGGGUUCGCCGCCAGCAACGACUACCUGCCGCCGGGCGCGCCCGUGGUGUACUUCAACCAGACGGCGGUCAAGCAGGCGCUGCACGUGCCGGCGUCGGCGGACUGGGAGAUCUGCAAGCGCGGCGUGUUCCCGCACGGCGACCAGUCGCCCGGGUCGACGACGGUGCAGAUCCCCAAGGUCGUCGAGCGCACGCAGAACGUGCAGCUCGUGCACGGCUCCCUCGACAUGGUGCUGCUGCUCAACCAGACGCUGCUGGCCAUCCAGAACAUGACGUGGGCCGGCGCCCUCGGCUUCCAGCGCGAGCCCCUCGAGCCGCUGUACGUGCCCUACCACGCCAACCCGGACCUGGGCACCGCGGCCGGGGCCGGCGUCUUCGGCACGGCCCACACGGAGCGCGGGCUGACGUACAUGACGGUCGAGCUCAGCGGCCACCAGGUCCCCGGCUUCCAGCCCACCGUGGCGUUCCGGCAGCUCGAGGUCCUUCUGGGCCGCAUCCCCGACAUGCAGUCCAAGCUUCCGUUCACCACGGAUGCCAACAACACUGCCCAGCCCGAUGGCCCGCUGGGUCAAGGAACCGGUGACGACUGA